AUGGUUCACACUACCACGAACUAUCCAACAGCAGAAGCUACCUCUUUCGGAGUGCUUGGACGUGUCAUUAGCGAUACCAUCGAAAACAAUGCAGAUGUAUGGGUGCUUGGGGAGAACAACAGUAUUCAGGAUGAGGAAGACUGUCGGUGUCUAACAGUAGGCAGGCUAUGGGUCCAUAUGGCUAGGUAUCCGAAAUGUGAAGUUCAAAAUGCUGCACGCCGUUAUAGUAAAGGAGCCAUUGUACGGAGGUGGUGGACAGUUCAUUGCAACAGCUCGACGAUGUGCUUACUCUGCCUUUGCAAAACGAAGGGGUCAUGUGACAACCGACGCUCCCAUUCCUGGUUCACCUACAUAUUCAAUAAAGGCGUUCAUCCUGUGAUGGACUUAUUUGGUUUUGAAACUGUCUUGCGAACGCAUACACAAGGACAGGCAUUCUGCAUGUCGGUGUUCAACCAUUGGCAGAUCGUGCCUGGAGAUCCGUUAGACAAGUCAAUCGUCAUCCGCACUCGAAAGUAUUGAUUUUGUUUACAGUUCACUUUCUGAGAGCAAUGAAAUUUGUUCCCACGAGAAGGAAUGGUUUGUCGGAGGAUGUCUCUGUCAAAAAAUUCUUUUACGAUCCUAUGCUUUUGGAGUUGGCCGAGCAAGAAGAUGUUUUCAGUUAUUCGGGAUUCUAACUUUGUUGUUGUCGUGCUUAUACUUUGUUUAGAUUGUUACAAUAUCUUUGUCAAAUCGGUGUGUUGCUAUAUUCUUAUUACC